UCCACACACGAUGCUUCGUCACUGCGGUCUUAAUUUGAUCUCAUUAGUUUCGUUUUUUCCCGUGUUUCCUGAAUGCGGCAGAGCUAGCUGCCGCCCCCUGGAGGCUGGAAGGGGGACGUGCUCAGGUGUCGCUCCAGGUUCAGUCGGUUCUGAAGGCUGCUUUCUCCUGACGCCACGUUAAAAAUGUCGCCUGUUUUCAAAGUGGGUUAAUCGUAUUUAAAUAAGCGCUGAAACGCUUCGUCAGAAGGCCAGACUUUAUUUCACUCUUGGUUUGCGUUUUCAAAGAUUCUUUAUUUUCUGCUCAGUUUAUCUCGCUGAAUUGCAGCUAACUAUUGAGAAGUGCUUGUUGUCAAAUUGUUUUUGGAAUCUAAUCAAGAUUUAAAAAAAAAAAAAAAAACACGUUCCGCGUCCCGUUACCAUGACAACCAUCCAACUAACGACGGCCGUCGCAGGGACGAAGCUCAGAUGAACUCAAGUAUGAUUGCAUCACCGCGGCUGGGCGUCUUCAGAGAGUCGAUGCUGCGGGACCCGCUGCUGAUCAAGGCUCCGCUGGGGAGGGCCCGGUCCAGGGGCCUCACCAUCCCGGGUCCAGAUUUCACCUAUGGAGCCAGCACCAUGAUGAAAGACGGAAGUGUGGCUGAAGGUAAGCCCCGCCCCCUGCUAACACCUGACCGGACCUGGAGCCACUGGACCGGGCCGGAACCGGUCCGGAACCGGGUCCUGGUUGGUCCAGAAAUCUGCUGGACCCCUGAACCCAGGCUCGGUUCUGGUUCUGAACUGCUGCUCAUGUCCAGCCCACUCCAAGGAGUUCACCAGAACCGGUUCCAGGGUUCGGACCAGAACCGGUUUUAAGGUGUGGCUGAUUGUCCUUUAAGGAUGGAAAGACCGGAAUGUGUGUGUUCAGUGUGUGU